GGCUCGGUGCUCCCGCCUGCAGGAGCGCAGACAUCUGAGCUCGUUAGUGUUAAAGAAAAGCUGACGGAAACACAAAGAGCUCUCCCAACAACAAAGCACGCUGUCGCUUUGGGACUGAAAGAGGGAUUUUACAGCGCGUAUACCAGUUGUCAGCGAUCCAGGAGCAACUUUGCUACUGUCCUCUUUUUUUUCUUUUUUUUUGCGCGCGUGUGUGUUGCAGAUCUUCUGGCUGCCUCUUUAACAUCCUCAGGCUUUCAGCAUCAAGAUGAUCCGCAUAUGCACAGUCAGUAAAACUCUCUGGGUCAGCUCUUUGUAUUUAUAUUGUCAUUAUUUUACAAACUGCUAUCUCAUUUUUCCACCUUUUAACUAAUUAUGGUUUUGAUUAUGUCUUUUAACAGAAGUGGUUGCUUUGAUUUCUAGGUGACGUGGUUACGUGGACUCUGUCUCUGCUCAUAGCCUAAAUGAAAAGUAAAAAACUAACAUUAUUAUUUUUUUCUUAUUCUUAAUGAGGUUGUUGUAACUAAAAAAAAAAAUGAGAGCAAAUACUGACUUACUUACUUAGGUCAUUAAAUGCGUGUCAGUGGUUUUCUGUCCAGGAACGUGUGAUUUGCUGUUGCCAGUUCUGCGUAGCUGUUAAUACAGCUACAGGUGAAAACAGCCUCUGAUAUCUGCCCGGUUUCUCUAAACAGAUGGGACUGCAUCACUAUAACGGACUACAGGUGCGAGGAGGACGAGAGCGUGAGGCAGACGGGGGGUGGUUUGUAUGAGUUUUCCCUUCCUUGAAGGUGAGAAAGACUAUUAAUGUCUGGUGGUGGAUUAUCAGGUUGAGACAGCCACUCCCUCGAGGAAUGAAUGUACCACACGUUACAUAAGAACUGCACUGGGACCAGUGCUGAACAGCGUCAUGACUCCAGCUGACUCAUAGGAUGUGGCACAAGAUGGGAAACCAAGGUUUUCAUUUCUCUAAAGAGAUUUUUGUCCACGCGCUUCAGAAGGACCUGCAGAACUCAAGAAUGGAUUUUAACAUGGACCAAGGUAAACCCAUCCAGUAAGCCAUCCAGCUGAGAGAUUUCCAUAUUUCUCUACUGCUUCCACUGGGAAGCAGCAUGGAUCCUUCCCGUGACCAGCUGUCGGACUGGAGCUCAGUUGAGCCCACCUUCACCACACAGCUGCAGCACGACAGCGCUCAGCAAAAACUCAACCACAGUUACAGCUUCCACAGCGCUCUAAAUAUGCCCGCCACCUUCAUCCCCCCGACUGGCUCUCUUCAUCAGCCUCUGCCCUCUCUGCUGCCCACCGCUGUUGUUCCGUACUCCUCUUUCAUCGCCUUCCCUUUCUUGUCCACCACCUCCUCCUCAGCCAUCAGGCAAACAUCAUAUUCCUCUUUCGAUUUAUCCUUUUCCAACUUUUCCUCGAAUGAUUUGGCAGACCUGGAGAGCAUGCUGCUCUGGACCCUCCACGAGCCCAGCACCAUUGCUUUGACUGUAAUGUACAGCCUGUCAUUCAUUUUGGGAUUCGUUGGCAAUUUGAUGUCCCUUCGAGUCCUCACCAGCCGGCGCAGUCGGCAGCUAGCUGGCGUGAGUGCUACACGCAGUCUCCUGGUGAACUUGGCGGUGUGUGACCUGGCUGUGGUGUGCGUGUGCAUGCCCAUCACCUUGGGAAGCCAGAUCUACACCGCCUGGGUGUACGGUGACCUCUUGUGUCGAGCGGUGCCCUUCACGCAGGCUGUCUCAGUCUCGGCCAGCGUGUUAACGCUGACAGUGAUCAGCGUCAACCGUUACUAUAGCGUUCGAUCACCACUGCGAGCUCGCACCAUGUUCACCCGCCGCCGGAUCUUGGCAACUGUUGCUGUGGUGUGGACAGUGUCCUCGAUGAUGUGCGCUCCCAUCGCGGUGAUGAACCGGCGUCGAGAGAUCAGCUUUGAGACUUUCACCAUCUUGGUCUGUCAGGAGGAGUGGCCUCAGCAUCGUCUCAAACAGGGAUACAACGUGCUGCUGUUUGUGAUGCUCUACUGUUUGCCAGUGACCUUUAACCUCACCAUAGGAUUCCUCACGGGCAGGCGGCUUUGGGGAGGAAAGAAAUCCACUUUCUCUGAUCUCGAUCCUCGAAGCCAAGCUCUUCACACCUCACGCCUUAAGAUGCGUCAGAAGAUUGCCAAGAUGGUGGUGUGUCUAGUGCUUCUAUUUGCAGUGUCCUGGCUGCCGCUCUACUUGGCUGACCUUUGGAUUGACUGCGAGCAAAGGCCAUCGUCUUGGCUCCUGCAGACAAGACCGUUUGCCCAGUGGCUUGGCCUGACAAACUCCAGCCUUAACCCGAUCUGCUACUGUUUCAUCGGAGACCUGUACCGCUCAGCAAAGGUCAUACGGACACGAUACUACCAAAAGGUUGCCGCUCUUUUCAACUCUGCGUCAUUCUCCAGCUCAGUUACAGUGGCGCCUCCUGCAGCAGGGAUUACAGACAGCAAAGUGUCAUCUGCUGAGCGCCGCCCUAUCGCUGCUGCCGUGGCGGCGUCUGCAUCCAUGGUUACAAUACCAAGGCUCUUGAACUUGGCGAGAGUCCAGGGCCUGGGGCAGAAGGUCAGAGACAGUUCAGACAGCCGAGCGGGCUCCGACCACAGCAUCUCAGACUGGUGUCGGUCCAGUCCCAGCGUGUGCGACAGCUCCUUGUUACCCUGCCAGCUCCACGCCCUCCAGCACACCAUACAAAAAGCAGACUUCCUGCCAACACGGAGACACUCUCUAAAUGAGAAAGCUGGACCGUUACCUUUAGGAAUCAGUCCUGUGGAAAUAGACGUGCUACCUCCGAGGAGGCAUUCGGGGGAUAGAGUGCAUAGUCUGUCAGCUGAUAAGAGAGACAUCAUUACUUUGGGCAAAGCUGCUUUCUGUUAUGCUGGGCAGCACAGGAACAAAACACCACAAGCCUACUCUCUGGUUGGAGGCACGGAGGAUGAAACAACGGAUAUGACCAGCCUAUGAAAACUGCACUUUAUCUGAUGUAUCAGCCGGGAGGAAUUGUUUCCUUUUCUCCUGCAGGCAGUAUAAACACGCACACCGCUCCCGAGUUAAAGUUUGCAGUAAACAUUGUAGAAUAAUCCAUGGCAAGAGUCAGUCGUUGCUUUGAGGAUAAAGUGACCUGCUCUAUACUCUCUCCUUCUUUUCAUGUGUAGAAGCCUCUCCGUGUCAUCCGGAGCACAUGGGACCCGAGACUUGAAUUUGCAACAAUAAGUUCUUUUAUUUUUUAAGGCAUGUGGAGGCAGGAGCAAUGGACUGAUCAACAUAAGGCAACAGCCAGAGAUUUAUUUAGCCCGGGGUGAGAAAACUAGUUAUCAUUAAGAAGGAUAAAUUAUGGAGCGUGCCAUUACAUGCAAGUGAUAUCAUAGUUACAACAGCUUCUAUCAUUUGCCUAAGACAAUAACGCAGCAGGAGGUAAAGUGUCAUGUGUCGCUGCUUUUCUUUGUUUUUCACUGUUUUUGCUAAUGGCUUUGAUUGUAUUUUGUGCUCACGGGCCAUGUGGGAACAAACUGUAUUAUACACAGACUGUCUGCGAGAGUUUCUGACAGGUCUUCACUGAACAAUGUUACCAUUAAUGUCUGUUUUGCAAUGUUAAAUCAAGUCGAGAAAGAUUUCAGGAAGGAGGAGCAACAUACAUUAAAGCUCUUUUUAUCUAAUUCAGCGUGAAUCUUGGGAAGUAUUAUUAAACAUGAACUUUUGCAAAGGGCAUUGCCCUGCACA